CGUUAAACAGAACAAAAAUCUCUGUGUUGUGUUGUAUGGCGGAAACAAGAAGACGAAAAUGCAUUAGGCAGAGACAGUUUGAAGAUAGUUUAUAAGAACAAAAGCCAAAUUGUAAAUGAUUUUGUAAGAUGAGAGAUUGCCCUUUCUCUUAACUUUUCCCCUUCUUCAAACCCAAUCCCGAUUCAUGCAAAUGGACCAUUGUUGUUCCACUCAGCUUAUUGAUGGAGAUGGUACAAUCAAUGUUGCCGGAAUCGAAAACUUCAUGAAAGAAGUUAAGUUAGGUGAAUGUGGGCUUUCCUAUGCCGUAGUUUCUAUAAUGGGUCCUCAAAGUAGUGGCAAGAGUACACUCUUAAAUUCUUUGUUUAAUACCAACUUCAGAGAGAUGGAUGCAUUUAAAGGAAGGUCUCAAACAACCAAAGGAAUUUGGAUGGCUAAAUGUGUUGGCAUAGAGCCUUGUACACUUGUGAUGGAUUUGGAGGGUACAGAUGGAAGAGAGCGUGGAGAGGAUGACACUGCAUUUGAAAAGCAGAGUGCUUUAUUUGCUUUGGCCAUUUCUGAUAUAGUGCUAAUAAACAUGUGGUGCCAUGACAUUGGCCGCGAACAAGCUGCAAAUAAGCCUCUUUUAAAAACUGUGUUUCAGGUCAUGAUGAGAUUGUUUAGUCCACGCAAAACAACAUUGCUGUUUGUCAUACGUGACAAGACAAAGACACCGCUUGAAAAUUUAGAGCCUGUUUUGCGAGAAGAUAUUCAGAAGAUAUGGGACUCUGUUCCUAAACCAGAGGCCCAUAAGGAAACCCCAUUAAGUGAUUUUUUCAUUGUUGAAGUUGUUGCUCUUUCUAGUUUCGAAGAAAAGGAAGAACAAUUUAAGGAACAGGUUGCCAACUUGAGGAAACGAUUCCAGCAUUCUAUCGCUCCCGGUGGCCUUGCAGGGGAUCGACGUGGAGUGGUUCCUGCUUCUGGCUUUUCUUUUAGUGCUCAGGAAAUCUGGAAAAUCAUUAAGGAGAAUAAGGAUCUCGACCUUCCCGCACACAAGGUCAUGGUUGCUACUGUUCGAUGUGAAGAAAUUGCUAAUGAGAAAUAUGACCUUUUUGUUUCAAAUAAGGACUGGUGUGAGUUGAAAGAGGCUGUGCAAUCUGGCCCUAUUUCUGGUUUUGGGAAAAAUCUCAAUUCAAUCCUUACCACUUGUCUUUCAGAAUAUGAUGCUGAAGCCAAUUAUUUUGACGAAGGUGUCAGAACGGCAAAGCAAAAGCAACUUCAAGAAAAACUGUUGCAACUUGCCCAACCAGCAUUCCAAACUGCGCUGGGACAUGUAAGGUCCAUAGUUUUUGAUAAGUUCAAGGAAGCAUUUGACAAGGCUUUGAAUGGAGGGCAAGGGUUUUCUUCUGCUGCUAAUAGGUGCGUAGAGUCUUGUAUGGCUAAGUUUGACGAAGGAUGUGCAGAUGUUGUCAUUGAAAUAGCCGACUGGGAUACAUCUAAAGUGAGGGAGAAGCUACGGCGUGAUGUUGAUGCACAUGUCUUAUCUGUCCGUGCAUCUAAGAUAUCAGAACUAGUUUCAUCAUAUGAGGAACAACUGAAGGAGGCAUUAUCUGCACCUGUUGAAACUCUAUUGGAUGGAGCUAAUAGUGAUACUUGGCCAUCGAUAAGGAAACUUCUUAAACGUGAGACUCUAGCAGCUGUUUCUGGGUUCUCUUUGGAACUUGACAGAUAUGAUAUGGAUGAAGAAACAAAAAAUAGCAUGAUUGUGACUUUAGAGGAUUAUGCAAAGGGUGUGAUAGAAGCCAGGGCUAGGGAAGAGGCUGGCAGAGUUCUAAUCCGUAUGAAGGACAGGUUUAUGACAUUGUUUAGUCAUGAUUCUGAUUCAAUGCCUCGUAUUUGGACGGGUAAUGAAGAUAUUCGAGCCAUCACAAAGUCUUCCCGCUCUUCAUGCUUGAAGUUGCUGUCUGUAAUGGCUGUAAUUCGUUUGGCUGAUGCUGAUGAUAUUUAUGAUAUAGAGAAAACAUUAACAGUCGCAUUGACAGAUUCAUCAAGCGAUGCUGGUAAAGAGAAGAGCAUCACGACACUCGAUCCACUGGCUUCAAGCACUUGGGAGCAGGUCCCAUCCACUAAAACAUUGAUCACACCUGUCCAGUGCAAAUCAUUGUGGAGGCAAUUCAAGAUAGAGACAGAAUAUACUGUGUCUCAGGCCAUUGCUGCACAGGAAGCAAACAAUCGUAGCAACAAUUGGUUACCUCCACCAUGGGCAAUUGUUGCUUUGCUUAUUCUUGGAUUUAAUGAAUUUAUGACAGUUUUAAGAAAUCCCUUGUAUAUAGGUGUCAUCUUUGUUGGCUAUCUUCUCUUGAAAGCCCUAUGGGUGCAGCUUGACGUUGCGGGAGAAUUUCAAAAUGGAGCUCUUCCAGGACUCAUCUCCUUGUCUAGCAAGUUUGUUCCAAUUAUCAUGAACCUUAUGAGAAAACUAGCAGAGGAGGCACAGAAUGCUGCAGCCGAUGACCAUAGUGGAAAUUCAUCAAAACGCUAUGAGAGGCCUGUUCCUUCUGGUAGAGUUACAUCAUCGAGUUCUUCUUCUCGUGUGACUUCUAUGGGUAAUAGAACUGACUCAUCCGAGUAUAUCAGUCAAUUAAAAGAAGAGUAGGUAAAGGUAGUUAUCUAACUGAAAAGCAAACUAUUCUGUUGAAGGGUGGUAGGGUCUUGCAGGGUUUUUUCUUGUUCGCAGAUUUAUGACUUGUGAUCAUUUUUAAAGACAUUGAAAGGUAUGAUGCAAGUCUUCCAGUUAGGUUCUUUAGUUAAUAUGGGAAGUUAGGUUGUGAUUUUUUUAUACUAGCAGUGCAUUCAAUCUUGUGUGUAAGAGUUGAAUGUGGUCUGAGUGUAUCUUUCUGAAAGUUUAAAUGUUGGAGUCGUGUGUUUAUAUUAGAUUUUUAAGAUUUUGACUGAUGCAACUGUAUGUAAGAUUAUGUUUGCUGCCAAAUUGGUUAU